GUAUAGUACAUUUUGUCUAAGGCUCUGAGCGGGUUAUUUACACAUUGAAAUCAGGAACAUUUUCGGGCAUCUAUAAACAAACAGGACCCAAAUAACAGCGGAAGUGGGGAGUGAGUUCAAUCUGAAGAUUUUCAAAUAAUUCAUAUUUAAAGAACACUAAUUGAGGAUGAGUAGCCUCUCUCCAGAGGUCGCAUUGAGUCGGAUUUACCCUGAGUUAAGGCUUUUACUCUGUACUGUGAUACGGAAUGGACGGGUCGGUUUGGACUCCUCUAACUGUCUUCGGAUCACAGAUCUUAAGAGUGGGUGCACAUCACUGAUGCCUGGUCCUUCUUGCGAUAGAUUUAAAAUUCAUAUUCCAUAUGCUGGAGAGACUCUCAAAUGGGACAUCAUUUUUAAUGCCAGAGACCCAGCACUGCCACCCGACUUUAUCUUUGGAGAAGAUGCUGACUUCUUGCCAGAGCCAUCGGAACUCACGCACUUGGUGUCGUGGGAUGCUGGUAAACCAGAGUGUCUUCUACUGCUGGUAAAAGAGAUGCUCCAGCAGUACCAUCAAUACCAGUGCCAGCGUCUACGCGACAGCUCCCGCCUUCUUUUUGAGUAUGACAGCCUUCUGGAGGACCCCAACUAUGGUCGCAGCAUGGAGAUCUACGCUGGACGCAAGAACAGCUGGACAGGGGAGUUCUCUGCUCGAUUUCUUCUCAAACUCCCAGUGGAUUUUAGCAAUAUUCCCAUCUAUCUUCUCAAGGACACUUCACUGGAUCCAGGAGAAGAUGUUGCUCUUCUGUCGGUUAGCUUUGAAGAUGCUGAAGCUACACAGGUUUUCCCAAAACUCUACCUGUCUCCUGGCAUUGAGCAUGCACUUGGGGGACCUUCAGCAUUACACAUUCCUGCGUUCCCCAGUGGAGGGUGUCUUAUUGACUAUGUGCCCCAAGUAUGCCAGUUACUUACGAACAAGGUGCAGUAUGUAAUUCAAGGAUAUCACAAGAGAAGAGAAUACAUUGCAGCUUUUCUCAGUCACUUUGGAAUGGGGGUGGUAGAGUAUGAUGCUGUGGGGUUUACCAAGCUCACCCUUUUGCUAAUGUGGAAAGAUUUCUGCGUCCUUGUACACGUAGUUGAACUGUGCUCUGUUCCUGUAGUGGACCUGCCUUUAUAUUUCCCUCGAGAUCAGCCUACCCUCACAUUUCAAUCAGUCUAUCACUUCACCAGCAGCGGGCAGCUCUACUCUCAGGUACAGAAGUCAUACCCCUACAGUCCACGGUGGGAUGGCAAUGAGAUGGCCAAACGAGCCAAGGUUUAUUUCAAGGGUUUUAUCCCUCAGUUCCAGGAUGGGGCUUUUGCCAAUGGAAAGCUGUGAACAUACAGAAUCUGUUCUCUCAUUUAACUGCUGACUGUUGUAGUUGAAUGUAAGGUCUAUGAAGUGAUUUCUGUUUAAUGGAAAACCCUUUAACUAAUGUGUUCUGGGCCGCUUUAAUGUUUACCCUUUUGACAUCAUUAGCAAGUCGUACACGUAUAUGUACUGUAUGUACUUCAUGUAAUUUUUUUAUUUUAUUUGUUGCUUCAUUUGUGUUUGCCAAAUGUUCUUAUUGGUGGAUUACAACAAUAAAUCAUAUUUCUUUUACUGUC